AUGAGCUCUUUACCGAUCUUAUCAUCUCCCUCUGCAACAAACCAACCUGAAACCAAGUCAGCCGCAGUCAACAGGUGCAAUUCCGAGUCAACUGUACCUGGAAGUUCCAUGGAAGCGAAAGAAGCACCACCACCUACCACUGUUGUCUCGACUCGAACUCAGCCUGAAACAAUUAUCCGACCUGAAGAACAAUCAGGAACAGUGGAACACAAUCUCUCAGAGAUACUUGCUAGAGACACAGUUUUUAGCGUGAGUGAAAUAGAGGCUCUCUAUGAUCUGUAUAGAAAAAUCAGCAGUGCUGUGACUGAUGAUGGGCUAAUAAAUAAGGUGUUUGAUUUGUUCGACACAAAGCAUAAUGGAAUACUUGGGUUUGAGGAGUUUGCUCGUGCUCUCUCCGUCUUUCAUCCAAAUGCUCCUAUUGAUGACAAGAUUGACUGUUACUUUCGUUUCAGCUGUAUGAUCUUAAGCAGCAAGGUUUCAUUGAUCAGGCAGGAGGUGAAGCAAAUGGUGGUUUCUACUCUUGCGCAGGCAGGCAUGAAACUGCCAAACGAUGUCACAGAGAGUAUAAUCGACAAGACAUUUGAGGAAGUUGAUGCGAACCGUGACGGGAGGAUCGAUAAGGAAGAGUGGAGGAUCCUUGUUCUUAAGCAUCCUUCGCUUCUGAAGAAGAUAACUCUGGAUUAUCUCAAGGAUAUCACGACUACGUUUCCGAGCUUUGUGUUUGAUGAUGACUAUUGUGUUAGUGGUCUCUGGUUCGAGUGA